AUGAUCGAUACCUCCGGUGGCUCGUAUCAGGCGGUCGUAUGCGAAGAGCUGAAGAAGCCUCUGGUUAUGAAAGAUUUAUCUCGUCAGCCAUUGCAAAAUAGCGAGGUGAGAAUAAAAGUCGAAUAUUGUGGCAUCAAUUAUGCAGAUAUUCUAAAAUCGAUGGGACUAUAUCAAGAACGUCCUGAACUACCUUUUGUUCCAGGAUGUGAACCUGCAGGAACUAUCAUAGAAGUUGGACGAGAUGUAACCGGAUAUCAAAUCGGAGAUAGGGUUAUCGCUCCGAUGCACUUAGGAGGAUAUGCGGACGAGUGUGUUAACUAUACUAAGUCGGUAUGGAAAUUACCCGAUAACGUCAGCUUACAAGAUGCAACCGCAGGCUUAGUGUCAUAUGGAACUGCUCAUAUGGCAUUAAUAGCUAAAGCUAGUACUCAAAUAGGGUAUAGAUCGUAUAGUGUAUUCCUUUUAUUGUACUAUUAUUAUAAAUACUAA